AUGGAUCAGGAGUCCAAAAACGGAAGAAACGAAAAAAUAUUAAAUGUCAAGUCUAUUUUGUUUGUUGUGAUUAAUGAUGCGAUAAUGGGUCGAAUGUUAAAGAUCGAUCGAGUGUCCGUGAAUCGAUAUUUUCAUCGAUUGUCAUAUAACCUCAUAAUCCCAUGACAGAUGGCGCGCACAGUGUUUUAAAAAUGGUAGUACAAAAUUUAAUUUCAGAUUCUCUGUCACGAUCCAUAAUUUGCUUAUAAUAGAAUUUAUGAAUCUAUACAAACAAAUAUGGCGACUGCAAAUCCAAGAUUAUCGGAGCUACUAUGAUAUUAAUACUAAUUGUGUACACCUAGGUAAAGAUCUAAACUUAGUAUGUUAUACAUCUAUCAUUAUGAUUAUACAGCAUUAUUACGUACAUUUUUAUAUAAUAAAUUGAUAUGUUUAUCAAAGUAUUGAAAGGUUAUGUUUAAACUUACAUUUUAGUUUGUAUAGUUAUGAACAAAGAGAAAUGA